ACUUCAAUAUAGGAUUCCAACUUUUUCAAGAUUUACUUAGACUGCCACUCAUGACACCCAACAAUGCCACUCCACAUCAUAAAGCUCAAAGGGAUGCACCACUGUAUCUUAUUUUGUUUGGUUUUGCAGACUUCUACUUGAAGGUUUAGCCAGUAGGCAUCUAGUAAUAUUUAUCAUCGAUUAGAUACGAUAGAAAGUUAAACUCACACCUUUUAUUCUUAAACUCUUGACGCAAUGUCGCUACCUGUGGUUUUUCUUGAGUAAAUCUACACUACCGGGUAAUUCUAAUGGUAUUUUUUCAUCUGAACUAAAAAUGUUUUUUGUUGCCGCGAUAGCAUAUACAUUUAGCUGCAUUUUCCAGUCAUAUUUCGUUUCCACUUCGACAAUUAACCUACCACAAUCAGGAUAUCCCCUAAAUGAAUAUUUUAAGACUUCUGAGUCAUACGAUACAAAUGGUUUUCUUGAUCGUCGUUAUUUCAGUAACAAAGACCACGAAAUAAUCCAUAAACGGAGAGAAGAUGAGAAAAAUAAAUAUGGCAGUAAUAAAGCAUUGAAUUACAACCUAGAUAACAAAUCUAGUAAACGCCAAUUAAUACGAUAUAAUUUUCGGAAUGUGGUUCAUUGUCUGGAUUCAUUAUUCAUCAAAGGAAACCGUCCUGUUAACAUCACUUUCAUCGGCGAUUCUAUCAUGCGCAACCAAUUCAGGAAUUUUAUUUCGUUUAUUCCAGAUUACGACAGAAUAUCGAGCAUAAAGAUAUCAGACGACGACAGAACUGUUCGCUACCAGAAGGAUAAUUACGUACGCAGCGAAAUACUAAACGAUCUUUUAGUAUCUUUCCAAUGGCAUGCGAUAAUUAAUGGCAAAUUAAUUUCGAUUUUUAAUUUGUGGGGAGAUUCAGAAGAUUAUCAAACCCCUGAUUUUAUUUUCUUAGGAUCCACAGUUCACAACAUGUUAAAGGAACUAUAUAACUUAAAUCAUCGGUCGUUCUUGGAAAAUUUGGAACUGGAUUUACUUCCAGCUAUUCUUAACUAUUUAAGAGUUCAUCCUCAAAAACAGAUAAUUUGGAUGCUGCAAACACCUUCUACGGAUCUAUUGGCUCCAAUAUCUUUAUAUUCAUAUAAUGAAAAAAUUCAUAUAAAAAAGAUCCAGGAUUACAAUAACAUCGUUCGGCGCGUAUUCAAGGGAACUCGAGUUUUGAUAUGGGAUUCAUUACUACCUGCUGCAGAGGAGUAUAUACGAAGCUGCGCUCUACAAAUGUUUCAUCAUGCUGACGAUACAGUUUACGAGUAUUGUAUUGACUCCAUUCACUUCGGAAACCGAAUAUUAUCAAUAGGCAGCCAAUUGAUUUAUAAUCAUUUAUGUAACGUUUAGUUUUCUUAACAGUUGGGAAAAGAAUCUUUCGAUCGGUUCUAGUAUAAUUAGUGAUGUUAUUAGUGGAAGAAAGUGGGAUAUUUAUUGUGCUUUAGCUAGCAAUGAACCCGAACACCUUUCGAUUUGUGCUUCCUUUCUCUCCCUUUUAUUACCAAUCCCCUUUCGAUUUUUUAACUCUGGCUUACUUGUAAUCCACAAGUUUCCUGUUUCAAUUUUUUGUUAUCUCGCUCUUUCCUUUUUCUAUCAAUUUAUUCUGGCAAAUUUGAGUUGCAGAACCCAUGCUAGAACUCCUUUU